UAGCAUUGCAGCAUAACUUGAGUGGUGUAUAUAUGCAUAUUGUCGGUGUAGGGCGGCUUAGUUCCUUAGAGGCGGUGUCUGGAACAUAAGCGGACAGAGACACAUAAAAGAUCAAAAUGCCGGAAAAACCGAGGGUUUAUGUAACAAGGAGGGUCCCUGCCCCUGGGAUUGAACUUCUAGAGACCGAAUGCAAGCUGACAUUUUGGGACAGCGAUGAAGCUAUUCCACGGGAAGAACUGAUAAAGAAUAUCCCUGGAUAUGACGCUUUGUUUUGUAUGCUUACAGAUAGCAUUGACAAGGAAGUUAUUGAAGCUGCAGGCCCUAACCUGAAGGUCGUAGCAACGAUGUCAGUAGGUUACGAACACAUCGAUCUGGAGGAAUGUCGCCGUCGUGACAUCGUUGUUGCCAACACCCCCAACGUAUCCACGGACAGCGUUGCAGAGCUGACUGUGUCCCUACUUCUCUUGACGUCUCGUAGAUUGUUAGAAGGUAUCCAGGCGGUCAAGUCUGGAGAGUGGGGGCCAUGGAAACCGAUGUGGCUGUGCGGCACCGAGAUGUCCAAUAAGACCCUGGGGAUAUAUGGCCUUGGGAGAAUAGGAUACGGAGUCGCUCGGCGUCUGAAACCAUUCGGAGGCAAGAAAAUCAUCUACAAUGACGUCGUGAAGGUGAGCUACGCCGACGACAUUGGCGCUGAAUACGUGUCCUUCGAUACCCUUUUGGAGGAAUCUGACUGUAUCUGCAUCUGUUGUAAUCUGACGCCACAGACAAAACACAAAUUCAACGCUGAGGCAUUCAAGAAGAUGAAGAAGACGGCAAUAUUGGUCAAUUCCGGAAGAGGCGGAGUUAUCCAGCAUGACGACUUGUAUGAGGCUCUCGUCAACAAAGAGAUCACAGCUGCCGGUCUGGACGUCACGGAACCAGAACCUCUACCAGCCGAUCAUAAGUUGGUAUCCCUCAACAACUGCAUUAUUCUGCCACACAUGGGAAGUAAUACAUGGGAGUCGAGGAAUAGCAUGUCUCUGACGACCGCUAAAAAUAUUUUAUCGGUGUUCCACAAGGAGAAGGUGUUCGGACAAGUUUCGUGUAAUUAAUCAAACUGGUCGCUUGUCCCUCUUUAAUCUGUCGCUACGCAGCAAUCAAGGGGUGCCAGUUAACCUAGAUGCUUUAUGGCCAACGCUCAAGGUGGAGAAAUGAAUCAUCAAUUGUUAGUUUGUUUUACAAUCUAUUAACUUCCCCUAUAUACUGUUAUCGUGCAAUGGUUCUGUUUAGUGAAGAUGUAUGUUUCGCCAAUCUCAUUCAGACGAAAUCCUAUCUUUGGCAAUAUGGAGUGAAAUCGUUUCUAAAUUUGGUUUUUGAAAAGGACCAUUUUAAAGUUUUAUUGGACCUUCACAAGUGGUUCAUCUGACGUGACCAAAGCAGACUUUGUCACUUAUCGACAGAUAGCGGUUCAGAUAUUCUUGAGAUUCUUUGUUUUGGAGUCGUUUUGUUUGUAUUAUGUGCGUGUAUGUGUAAACUAUUGCUAGCUUUGAACACAAAUAUUCAUCAGCAUUAUAUAUGAAGGCAAUGUUUUAAUGUUCGCUCCAACCUUCCGUGAACUGCCUGUGGCAAACACUUUGUUACAAUCCAGAGACUUGUGCUUGUUUAAGCACUGUGUCCCGUCUAGGUUAUAUUUUUUGGUAUUUUCUGUUAUUGGUAAGAGUCAACGGUUUGUCUACACCAAACCAGGGCUUUCACUAUAGUGGUAAUACACCUCGUUCCAGCAUUACUUGAGGCUUAAGCGCCGUGGUAUGACUGGAAUACUGCUACUCACUCACUCACAGAACCAAGAGCAUAUAUACUAGACCGUAGACGCGCGCUUUCAUUCAAAUUACAGAAUGAAUCCGUUGUCCUUGACAUUGGUUUUGUCGAAUGUACCAGCAAGGUCAGUUCUUUAGGCAGGUUUUCUGUAGUGAGAGAGUGAGUGAGGUAAAGUUUUACUCUGUUUUAAGCAAUAUUCAAGCGAUAUCACCACGGGGAGCACCAGUGUUUUCUGUAAUCAGAACAAAAUGUUAAAUUGCUUUUAUUCGUGUAGGUCAACGUUAAUUAGAUUGAUAUUUUCAACCUGCAACAUCAACGCUGGUUUCGCUUAUCAGAAAAUUCGUCAAAUUUCAAGUUCAAGGCCGAUGAGUUCAAAAACUUAGUUUACGUGUCCCGGACUGGCCCGUAAACAUCAGUGGGUGGGUCUUCAUUCUGCACAGUCUGAAAUAUUCCAUUGAGCACUAGUCUCGAAGAAAUGUGGAUAGUUCUCAGAAAGCCUUGAAUUGAAUGUUCAUACCGAUCUUGUCUGUAAAACUGAUGUCUUCAGCUACAGUCAAACACCGUCGUGUCGAGCUGACAGUUGCCUCGAAGUGAAAGCUUGGUCCCUUCGUAUUCUUUCUUUUUAAAUCUUCGGUUAUAUCGAACCUCUGAUAACUCGAAGGAUUUACGAAGGGCCCUUCAACUUCGACACAACGGUGUUCGUAUUAACAUUCCCAAUAUGUUUUUCUCCGGUGCAGUCGCCAAAUCCAUGUCUGUUUCCGUAACUAAGCUAGCUGCCAAUGUUGUUAUAGUACACCAAUGUUUUAACGGUUAUUAGUUGUUUCAACCCGUCCCCAUACGUCUAUUUUUACGAGGCUAAUGAGCCUAUGAUUGUCUGUGAUCAUUAACUGAGUUACCCGGCCAUAAGUCACAUAAAUGGUCGGAAUGCCUGUUUGAAAACAAUUUCAGUUAUAGAAGGGGAUAUUCAACCUCCGUGUAAUAUGAAAACAAUAGUCAAACUUUUUACCGGGAAAUAAUCAACAAUACCUACCGGUUUUGCACACGUCACGGUGUACAUAGUCCACGCAAGUCGGCUAGGUCUACAAGUUUAAGUAUAAAGGAUAUAUUUUUAGACAACUUGCCAGUUCCCACCUAUCGUUUACUAUAUCACUAUGUAAUGAAUGCAAUACCGUUGACAUUUAUCACAUCUGUUAUAUGAUUGUUAAUGUACAAUUUCCAAAAUGUUUGGAAAUUUUGUUACGCCAUGUAUUCGAAAUGCUAUGAGUAGAGUUCGAUAGAUAGGAAAUAUUAUUAUUAUUAUAAUAUUCUAUUUGUUUGCUUGUAUGUUUAUGUUAAACUGACCAGGUUAUACCGUUUAAUUUACGACCUAGGGGAAAUAGGAACUUGCUUAUUAGGGAGUUGUUUUGUAUUCGUUAUCCAGACAUUCCUGAUUGUGUUUAGAGGCGGCGAAGUAGCCAAGUGGUUAAAGCCUUCUCUCGUCAGGCCCAAGACCUGUCCGAUACCCAACAUGGAGUUUUUCCCGCCGUCAUAAUGCUAAUUUGUGCUUUAAACCGAUUCGUAUUUUCAGCGAAUGUUGUUCAACAGUCGGAAAGUUUCUUUAAGUUUUGGGGGACAAAUAUUCAGAUUGAAAAUUAUCAUUUUAAAACAUUAUAUCACGUGGGCUUAACGAGAGUAAACGGAAAAUUGACUCGAGCUUUGAAACAAGGAUAUAUACAUUUAUAUUUAGGUAUGUGAUCAUUCUGUUCGGACUAUUGAAACUUUUUAAAUUAGUCAGCAUACCUGUUAGUUCGGUCCUAGAACAAAUUUUAGACUUGUUUGUCCAGUCCAAGAAAAUAACCAAACGCAUUUUAUGAGAAUUUCCAUUUCGGUGUAACAAAGUUUUAAUACUAUUUUAACAUCUGUAUUUUCGCAUGUCUCACUUUUCUAUUAAUCACGUUUGAUUGUGUUUAACGUGACAUGUUGACUAGUCACUUCGUUGUAAAAUAAAUAAAUAAUAAAAUAUUA